CGUUAAAUUGUGGCGAGACUUGACCGGUGAGGAUACUGUAAACGACGGCGUCGAUUUGUUUUGUUUUAAGUGUUUUGAAUCGUGAUUAGUUAAUUAAAUAAACAAUAUACGUUCCGAAUACUCCGGCUAUGGCGAAUGUGAAUAAAAAGAAUUGGUCAAUGAAGUGGGUUGUUGCAAAAUUCACAGGCACUAAAGAUUAUAGUGUUCUUCCCAUAAAUUGGCUGGUGGUAAAUGAAAAUGAAAAGUUAGCCACUAGCACAAUCAAAUUUUGUAAAUGGCCACCAAUAAGAACUGUGACUAGCGAUGAUUUAAAAAAAGCUAUAAAACCAAACGAUACAUGGUCACAGUAUCAAAUUAAAAUUCUUGGAGGUAACAAAACUUACGAAAACUUUGGUAAAGCGUGGCAUAUACAAGUAGUGACAUCUGACAAUGAAGAACAAGUGGCAAAAAAAAGAUGCAGGACUCCAGAUACUGAUACUACAGACGACGAAGAUAUUGGUUUUGUUAUUGCUCCAGUUAUAUCUAAUAGUUUAUUGAUUGGUUCUCAAGACAUGAAUUUUAUGGAUGAUAUACCACAAUUAUCUACUUCUCCAAUAUAUACAGAUAUGUCAAUAACAGAGCCACAAAUAUCAGUUGCUAAAUCAAAAUAUUCAGACAUGUCAUUAACAACUGAUCAUUAUUCUAGAGAAACAUCCAGCUUAGAACAGGUUCCUAAUUUUGAAGCAUAUCCAAAUGAUUUUAGCACCUCGCAAAUUGUAGCAUCUUCAAAUGAACCCAGCACAAGUACAAGAACACAUGAAGGUAAACUAAUAGUCAAUAAUAUUUUAUAG